AUGGGGGACUGGAAGUUCCUUGGAGGAUUUCUGGAGGAAGUGCAUGUCCACUCCACCAUGAUUGGAAAGAUCUGGCUGACCAUCCUAUUUAUAUUUCGAAUGCUUGUUCUGGGUGUAGCAGCUGAAGAUGUCUGGAAAGAUGAGCAGUCUGGCUUCAUCUGUAAUACAGAACAACCUGGCUGCAGAAAUGUGUGCUAUGACCAGGCAUUUCCUAUCUCCCUCAUCAGGUACUGGGUUUUACAAGUGGUAUUUGUAUCUUCACCAUCCCUGGUUUACAUGGGGCAUGCUUUGUACCAACUGAAAGUUCUGGAGAAAGAAAGGAAGAGGAAGAAAGCUCAACUGAGAGGAGAACUUGAAAGGGUAGAGUUUGAAAUGCCUGGCAAAUGGAGGAGAUUGGGUCAAGAACUUUGUCAACUGGAGCAAAGGAAAUUAAAUAAAGCCCCACUUAGAGGGACCCUGCUUUGUACUUAUGUGAUACACAUUUUCACUCGUUCUGUGGUUGAAGUUGGGUUCAUGGCUGGGCAGUAUCUUUUAUAUGGAUUCUGCUUACAGCCUCUGUUUAAAUGUCAUGGCCACCCAUGUCCAAAUACAAUUGAUUGUUUUGUCUCAAGACCAACAGAAAAGACAAUAUUUCUAUUUUUUAUGCAGUCCAUUGCCACUAUUUCACUUUGCUUAAAUGUCCUAGAAAUUUUCCACCUAGGUUUAAAGAAGAUUAAGAGAGGUCUUUGCAGACAAUAUAAUUUGAAAAAUGAAAAUAGUGAAUUCUAUAUGAAUAAGUCAAAACAGAACCUUGCCAAAUAUCAGAGUACAGCUGCAGAUUCACUGAGGCGGCUCUCUUCUGCACCUGAUUAUAAUCUGUUAGUGGAAAAGCACACACACAACACAGUGUGCACUAGUUCAAAUUCAUUAGCAUUUCAAACGGAUCCUGACCAUCACAGUGGAGAAGAUGAGAACUGCAUUAUGAAUAAACAGGACACUAUAUCGUCUAAUGAAAUGUGCAUCCUCAGUAGUACCUGUAAUUCUCUUCACGAAGGUGGCUCAGGUAAUAAGGAAUACACUCCUAAAAUAUUUGGAAAAGAAGUUAAAGACAACCAGUUAAGAGAAUGUGAUGGCAACAACAGAAAAUCAAACCAUUAUUCUAAAAGUCACUGUUCUGUUGCCUCAGAAGUUAUCACAGAUCUGGAUCUCCACAAGGGUCAGUCACCACAAACGACUUUCUCUCUGCCAGACUACGACAUCUGUAAACCCAAGUGGCUGCAACCUACAAGGGGUCUUUCAAUAGGAGAUAAAGAGCUUGCAUCCCCUCCCAAAGGUCACCUCAGUGACCAGUUCAGAGAAGGCAUCGUUAGGACAUCUCCUCCGUCCAAGGGGGGUUUCCAACCUUCUGACAUUCCUGAUUCUUUGCAAGAGCUAUCUUUUGAAUCUGAACUGGUCAGAAUCUGCAAGAAUCCUAUUGCUUGUCUUCCAAAUCAUCUAGUGUUGUUGACAAAUAACCACAUUGAUAGACGGGCUCCUACAGACCUUCAGAUCUGA